CAUUAUCAUCAUUCAUACAGCAGGGUAAUCAUCAUCGUAAAUUAUCUUGCAACAGAAUACUAAUACUGUGAUUUGGUUUGGAUAUUACUAAAGAAUAUUGAUUUUUGGAAUAUUGUAUUAAAUAUUGUUAUUUUGAACCAAUUUGAAAACUAACACUUGUUUAAUAGUUAUAUAUAUUAAUUCCUAAAUUAUAAUUAGGUAUUAUAACAUAUAGUAUAGAAAACAAGAUUGUUUAAUAUCUAAAAAAAACAUCUACCGAGAGAAGUUGAACACAUUAGCUGCUUCUUCUUCUCCAACACAAACCAGCUUACGAACCAAAACAAAGAGUAAAGUUGUCCGAACAAAAUCCUUCUUCUGAAGAAAUCAACAACACCAACAACAACAAUAACUCUUCUCUCAAAUUAACAACAAGUUCAAUUGAAAGAAAGCCUACCAACACAAAAAGUAAACAAAAGAACCAAAAGAAUAAUUCAUCCUCAUAUUCUUCUGGAACUUCCUUUCAAUCAUCCUCCGGUCUUGACACUUCCCAAAACAAAUCUCUUCAAAGUUUAAGAAAGGAAGAUAACUCAACAGUAGCUGCUUUAUCAACAUAUAAAACUAAGAUAUUUUCCUCUCUUUGGUCAAUAGUAGAAUCAAACAUGCUUUUUAAAUUAGGAUUUCAUAACAAAUCACCAGUGGAGUUGCUUUUAGAAAAUGACGAUUGCACAUUAGAACAAAUACUUGAUGAGGAUGAUGUCAUUGCUGAAGCAAAGGCUCACUAUGGAAAAUUGAUAGAAUUCUUAGGAAAGAGUGAAAACUUGACGAAGAUGAUCGACUUUAUUACAAUUGAAAUUCCUCUUGAUCAACUUCAAAAUUUAAAGAAUCAAUCAAAGAUUGUACAAGAGGAUGAAAAGGUUGCAGAAGAAUCGGAUCAAAAUGAUGAAGUACAUAUUAAUGAAGAAAAGUUACAAAAGAGAAUUUACAAGUAUCCAAGAAUUGCUGCUGAAAUUUUGUGUUGUGAUAUUGAUUCCAUUUAUACCUCCAUAUCCUCAGACAAGUUAUUACUUACUUCACUUUUUGAUUUUAUUUCUCAUGAAAAAGAAACACUUAAUCCUCAACUUACCAAUUAUUGGAUUAGAGUUGUUACCUACCUCGUUCAAAGAAAACCAAUUGAAGUACACAAGUUUAUAAUGUCACAAGGUGAACCUUUGGUAUUGAACUUUUGUAAACAUAUAGGUGUUCCUGGAAUGGAUGAACUUUUACUUAAGUUGAUUUCAUGUGAAUUGUAUGAUUUAAUAAUAUCUGCUGAAACUAAUCGAUCUGCAAAACAACAACUCAAGCUCCGUUUAAUGGAUGCUAAGGACAAUUCAGAUGCUACCAAUAUUAUCAAACAAUCUGUUCAAUGGUGGACUGAUAGUGGUGUUCCAUUUAAACUUAUUGAAAAAUUAUCUCCUGAACAUUCAUCCGAUUGUCAUAUUAACGUUACCAAAAUUUUAAGUGAAAUUAUCAGACGUUCACUUCAAUAUAACCUAGACAUUCAAAAGUUAAAUCCUUUGGCUACCUCAAUUUUGUCCGACUCGGUUUUGUGUAAAUUGAUGGAUACUCUUUUAGAAAAUAAUGAUGUUUUAAAUGAAGGUAUUGCCUUGUUACAUACACUCAUUGAUACUAGUGUUGAUUUAAUGGACGCUGAUUUUGAUGAACAAUUACCAAGUGCCAUUAAGGUUAUUCUCACCAAAUUACCACAACUUGUAAAGUUGCUUGAAAAUCCACCAACUCAACCAUCUCUUACUUUGACAUUUGGUACUUUAUCACCACCUUUAGGUGAAACUAGAUUAAAGGUUGUUGAAUUCCUUUCAAGCCUUUAUCAUAUUAGAUGUGAGCUUGUUGAAAAAGCUCUCAUUUCUAGUAACGUAUUAGGUGUUGUCAUUAAUUUAUUCUUCCAAUAUGAAUUCAACAAUAUGUUACAUAAUUUAUUAUUGAAUAUUAUUAGUUUCAUUUUGGCAAGUGAAAGUCAUGCCUUGAAGAAGAAUCUCUUUGUUGAUUGUCAAAUUAUUGAACGUAUUUUACAAGCAAGUAAGCUUAAUGAACAAGCCAUUGCUGAAAAUAAGAUGAGAAAGGGAUAUAUGGGACAUUUAACUGUUAUUUCUAACACUAUUGUUUCAACAGCUAAUUCAGAUGAAGCUGUCUCUUCUCUUACAAAGGAUAUUUCAGGAUGGAAAGAUUUUGUUGAAACUUCUUUAACGGAAAGAAAUGCAAUUGAAAGUAGACAAAUGGGAUCAGAUGACUCCUACCUAGCAUUGAUUGGUGGAGUACCUCUUUCUUCAUCAUCUGCCAACAAUACACACCAACAAUCAGUUACAGAAUACAUGAAAGAAGAAUCUGAAGAAGAUCCUUUUGAAGAUUUUGAUGAUGAAAUGGAAGAACAAGAAAUUGAACCUAAACAGGAUGCCUCAACAAAAGAAUCAUCCCCUCUUUCUGAAACUGUAACAAACAAUGAUGGCUUAUAAAUUAAUUUAUUUCUCUU